UUUUUGUCAAAUCUUACUGUCAUUUUCACACGAAAGUGGGUGUUCUGUACGGUACUGAACUCAACAAAUAAACAAAUUGAGUGUAAAGAUAAAGAGUUAUGACUUCUUGAAACCUAGUCAUGGAGGGAUUGCCUUCUGGUGAUAUCCAGGCCAAGUAUCAAAAAUUAGCAGCCGAGUAUUCCAAGUUGAGGGUUCAUGUGAAAGUAUUGAAGAAGGGUGUUCUAGAUGAACAGGCAAAGUCAAAUGAAUUACGGGAAAUAUUGAAAGAUAAAGAAAAAUCGCUAAGGAAAGGCGAAUUAGAGAUAGAUUCACUAACUUUUAGGAACCAACAGUUGACGCGGCGCGUUUCCGUCCUUCAAGAUGAACUUGAUCUUCUCCAGAACAAGUUAACAAAAAAAUCUAAAAGUAAAGUAGAUGAUAAGCAACCAACAACUAGCAAUGUGCCCUCUCUCGAUGCAGGCCUUUUACAGGAAGAACUUCAAAAGAAGAUUAUUGAAAAUGCACAGUAUGCUUCACAGCUUUCAGAUAAAACAUUUGAAGUAUCUCAGCUCCAAGCAUCAAUUGAUGACUAUCAGAGGCACAUUAGUGAGAGUGAGAGCAAAUAUAAAUGUGAAAUUGCUAAGUUAAAGAAUAAGAAUCAAGAGCUUCAGUUUGCAUUGGAAGAGGCUCAGAAGGAACGACUUGGAGUGACGAGCAAGCCGCCAGUCAGUAGUCAAGCAGCUAGUUGUAAUGGAGACUUUUUGUCUGAAGCUGGAAGCUUAGUUGGAAGUGAAGAUGCACUUAGUUCUGUAGAUGAUUUACAUAUUAAUGAGCAGCUUAGUGCGAAAGCUCAUACAUUAGAACAGGAAAAUCAAAAACUUCGUAUGGAGUAUGAAUUACUCGAGAUGGAGAACGAAAGUCUUAAACUAGAAAUAAGUAAACACGUAUCUGCUGCACAGAAAAGAAGAGGUGACACACAUGAUUCUGGAGAUUUCAACAAUUUUAGUGAACCUACUGUCGAUGCGUCGGGCACGAUGUCGGGUCUGCUGGGCGCGCUGCACACGCCGCUGCUGCUGAGCCGCGAGCUGCAGCAGCGCGAGGAGCGCGUGGCCGCGCACUUCCGCCGCCGCCUCGCCGCGCUCGCCGCCGACAACGACCUGCUGCGCGGCCGCACCGACCACUACCUGCAGGAGUGCGAAAUGCUUCGAUUACGGUUCGAGGAAAUGGAACGUGAGAAGGAAGCAAAUGCGCAAACUCUACAAGAUAAACUUAACACUAUCAGCAGGCUGGAAGAGGAACUCCAAUCGACUUCUCGCAACUACGAACAGCAGUUAGGCGUGCUCACGGAGCACAUGGCGGCGCUCAACGAGACCAUUGCGCGUCAACACGACCGCCUGCAGCAGCCGCAGCGCUCGAAAGAACGCCGCAAGUAG